UGUCAGAUGUAGGCCCCAUUUUGUGCACUCAAGCUUCAAGCUGUUGCAAAAAGGUCAGUCAGCAAUGGCUGCAGCAGAAAUUCCCAGUUACAUUGUCUCCUCUCAGACUGAGAAACACAGGAGGGCCAGGAACUGGACUGAUGCAGAAAUGAGAGGUUUAAUGCUGGUUUGGGAAGAAUUUUUUGAUGAGCUGAAACAAACUAAAAGGAAUGCCAAAGUUUAUGAGAAAAUGGCUAACAAACUCUUUGAAAUGACUGGAGAAAUUCGCCACGGAGAGGAAAUAAAGAUAAAAAUUACAAAUAUGACAUUCCAGUACAGGAAAUUAAAAUGCAUGACUGACAGUGAAACUGUGGCACCUGACUGGCCUUACUACAAAACCAUUGAUAGGAUCUUAUCCAAAGUGACAGACCACAGCGAUGUGAAAAUGCAUGAAAAUCAGCAGCCAGGUCCUUCUACAUCUCAGACAGAGGCCUCGCAGUCUCCAUCAGCCAAGUCUACACCCCUCUACUUGCCAUAUAACCAGUUUACAUAUGAAGGAAGGGAAGAAUGCUUUGAAGAUGAACAUUCAGAGAGCUCAUCAAGCUUGCUUUCUUACAAGCUGAGAGCUGAAGAAAGACCAGUUAAGAAAAGAAAAAUGCAAAACUGCAGUUUCCAAAAGAAGAAGCUAAAAUUAAUGGAAGCCAUGUUGGAAGAACAAAAGAAGUUGAGUAGAGCUAUGGAAGAAACCUGUAGAGAAGUGCGCAGGAUCCUGGAUCAGCAGAACAUCAUUCAAGUUCAAAGCUUACAGUUACAGGAGAGAAUGAUGAAUCUACUGGAGAAAAUGAUCUCCAAGUCUAAUGUGUAGUUUCCUUUGUGAAUGCCUCUGAGAUAACUAUUGCUAUUAUAGAUUACCAUUUAUUGCACACCAUAUGUGUGUCUGUUGCCCUAGUCCCAGGUUUUCCAUGGAAAUUAAAACCCUAGUGUAAUCCUAGUUCAGCAAAGAAAACAUAAUGCAGGGUGAGAGCUAUCCAGUAUGAUAAAAUUAGUGCAAUAUAUGCCUAAGCUGAAUUAUUUUUAUACAGAAAGGUUAAGGGAUAAAUAGCUCGGGGAACUGAAGUACUAUUUAUGCCUAAGUCAGGUAUUGUUUUGCAAACAGUGGUGUUGUAUAUUGCUUCACAUCAAGGACUGCAGCUUAAUCUGUUUUAGGAGAAUGAAACAGUGCAUUUCUAAACAUGGUUAUUGCACCUUGACUUUGCUGAUGAUUAAACCCUGUUUUGAAACGUAUGCCUGAUUGUAUGUGACCUAUGGUUCUUGUGAAGAGCUAGUUGGGACCAUGACAUACAUAAUUUUAAACUCCAUGCCUGAUAUGAAUAGUACUCUAAAGUAUGAGGGUAAAAAUAGUCUAUUCAAAUACAAUUUUUGAUAUAAAAACAAGCACCCCAAACCACCUUCCUAUAUACUGAAUACUAAAAUGUAUAGAAGAUACUUGAAGUUGCUUUUGAUAUUAAACAUUUGAAUUUUUUUCAUUAUUAACUGGAAUCUGUUGACUUAACGAACAACCAGCAAUGAAAACUUUCAUUUAUUCUCUAUCACAAAAGAAAAGUAUUGUACUGUGUGUAUAUACAUAUAUAUAA